AUGCUUUUCGGAGAGCCGGGUGUUGAUCCACGGAUUCAGCCCUUGCACCGUUUCCCUGAUGAAUGGGAUCUUCCCUGGGCCAGCACUUACCACAGCUCCUUGGUGGAACACGGAGAUGCAUAUCAUGAGAUAUCAUGCGCUUUGGAGACCGAGGUGCUGCAUGGGAGUCGCAUAGUGUUGGCGCUGCGUUACUGUUUCGCACCAGAUCCCUACCACUGCUGGGCACCCGAUGCAGAAUUGCACGCCUACGCCUUCGUAGUGCCAGGCCUCCGCAACGAUCACACAUCGGUGGUGCCAGAGGAUUGGAAUGGUUGGCUGCCUCCACAUCCAGAGCAACAACGGCAAAACACUGCUCAAUCCAAGAGCGGCAGGUUGCACGGAGAAUGCAAUCCCAGCUCCAAUCGGCAACUCGUGGUAAGGACCGAGCUGAAGAAGCUGAUUCGAAAGGAACUACGCAUCAGCACGGCAGUGAUUAGUGAUAGCGAUGUGGAGAAUUUAGCAGCUGCGCUUGAUGGCAAUGUUUCUGUGGAGGAGCUGUUGUCUUUCAUCGAGAGGGGCAGCGCGACCUUCUUCUCGGUUGCGUGGUUCCAAAGCAACGGGAAGACUACAGCCGCGCCAGAGGAGAAAGCUGUGCCAAAGAUACUGAACAUUCUGAAAGAGUGA